AUGGCGGACGAUGCUUUGGCUGGCCUGGAUGAGGGAGCCCUGCGGAAGCUGCUGGAGGUCACCGCGGAUCUGGCAGAGCGGCGACGCAUCCGCUCAGCCAUCCGCGAGCUGCAGCGACAGGAGCUGGAGCGCGAGGAAGAGGCGCUGGCAUCCAAGCGUUUCCGCUCCGAGCGGCAGGACAACAAGGAGAACUGGCUGCACUCGCAGCAGCGGGAGGCCGAGCAGCGGGCGGCCCUGGCUCGGCUGGCGGGGCAGCUGGAGUCCAUCAACGAUGUGGAGGAACUGACCACGCUGCUUCGAGGUGCCGCAGAAUAUGAGGAACGCAAGCUGAUCCGAGCCGCCAUCCGCCGGGUGCGCGCCCAAGAGAUUGAAGCCGUCACCUUGGCCGGGAGACUGUGCAGCGGGCGUCCCCUUGGUGGUUCGAGAGAGGACAGCAAGGGACGGGCAGCACACAGGCUGGAACGGACUGCAGGCAACGUUCCAGAGCGAGAGGAACAGAAGCAGCCGAUAGGGGUCCCAGAACCAGCUCCAGCCCCUGAGGGGACCAACCAGGAUGUGACCACAGUGACCCUCCUGCUGCAGGCCCCUCCUGAGGACCCAUCCAGCUCGCCAACUUUACCCAACAGCUCGCCCUGCACUUCCUCCCCUGAACCUCCGCUGGAGCCUCCUAAGACCCCAUGCCCUGCUACUGAGGCUCUGGGCAGCCCGGAGCCCCCCAGCUCACCUGGGGACACCAGCCCCAAGCCUCUGGAGCCACUAGACCCACCCACCACUGAGAGGCAGGUCAACAAGCUUCUGCCUGAACCACAAGAGCCCGCUCCUGCCCAGGAACCCACCAAAGGUGCCUUCAACUCAAAGAGAACAGACCUGUCUGGACCCCGUCCCUGCCAGCGCUCUGUGUCCAUGCUCAGCCCCCGCCAGCCGGCCCAGAACCGAGAGUCCACCCCGGUAACCAGUGGACCUUCCCCAUUCCAGCGGGCUGGCUCGGUGAGGGACCGCGUCCGCAAGUUCACAUCCGACUCUCCCAUGGCUGCCAGGCUCCAGGACGGCCCACCCCGAGUGGCCCUCAGCACCCCCAGCCCUGCAAGGAUCCCAGGCCUCCCUACUCAGCACCACCCCUGCCUCCUCCUCAAGGGCCCCAGUGACGCCUCCUCUUCACACACCAAGGAGCCAUCAGGAGCAGCCAGGCCCCUGGCGCAGCUUCAACUUCGGAGCUGCCCCCGGGAGGAGGGCCCCAGGGGGCGGGGCUUGGCGGCCAGGCCCCUUGAAAACGGAGCAGGGGGGCCCACCACCCACUCAGAGGAGCCCAGUGUCCCGCUGCCCGUGGCCGCCGGCACUGCCGAGCCAGGGGGCAGCAUGAAGACCACCUUCACUAUCGAGAUCAAGGAUGGCCGUGGCCAGGCCUCCACGGGCCGGGUACUGCUGCCCACCAGCGGCCAGAGGGCAGAAGUGACACUGGGGCUGCGGGCGCCCCCUACCCUCCUCAGCACUAGCAGUGGGGGCACAAGCACUGUCACCCAUGUCAGUGGCCCUGGGACCCUCACCCGUCUGGGAAGCAUCACUCAUGUCACCAGCUUCAGCCAUGCCUCUCCUGGUGGCCGGGGAGGUUGCAGCAUUAAGAUGGAGCCAGAGCUAGCAGAGCCCCCGUCUGCAGCAGUGGAAGCCACCAAUGGCGCUGAGCAAGCCCGGGUUGACAAAACUCCAGAACAGCGAAGCCCACUGAAUGCUGAGGAACUGAUGGCCAUUGAGGAUGAAAGUGUUCUGGAUAAAAUGCUGGACCAGACCACAGACUUUGAGGAGCGGAGGCUCAUCCGGGCUGCACUGCGCGAGCUCCGACAGAGGAAGAGAGACCAGCGGGACAAGGAACGGGAACGGCGGCUCCAGGAGGCACGGGCCCGGCCUGGGGAGGUUCGUGGUAACAGAGCCACAGAGACCACCACACGGCAUAGCCAGAGAGCAGCCGAUGGCUCAGCUGUCAGCACAGUCACCAAGACGGAGCGCCUUGUCCACUCCAAUGACGGCACCCGGAUGGCUCGCACCACCACCGUGGAGUCGAGUUUCAUGAGGCGCUCAGAGAAUGGCAGUGGCAGCACCAUGGUGCAAACCAAGACCUUCUCCUCUUCCUCCUCUUCCUCUAAGAAGAUGGGCAGCAUCUUUGACCGCGAGGACGAGGCCAGUCCGCGGCCUGGCAGCCUGGCAGCACUUGAAAAACGCCAGGCCGAGAAGAAAAAAGAGCUGAUGAAAGCGCAGAGUCUGCCCAAAACGUCGGCCUCACAGGCGCGCAAGGCCAUGAUCGAGAAGCUGGAGAAAGAGGGUGCCGCGGGCAGCCCUGGAGGACCCCGCGUAGCUGUGCAGCGUUCCACCAGCUUCGGGGUCCCCAACGCCAACAGCAUCAAGCAGAUGUUACUAGACUGGUGCCGAGCCAAGACGCGUGGUUAUGAGCACGUGGACAUCCAGAACUUCUCCUCAAGCUGGAGCGACGGGAUGGCCUUCUGUGCCCUCGUGCACAACUUCUUCCCCGAGGCCUUUGACUAUGGGCAGCUCAGCCCCCAGAACAGGCGCCAGAACUUCGAGGUGGCCUUCUCAUCCGCCGAGACCCAUGCAGACUGCCCGCAGCUCCUGGACACAGAGGACAUGGUGCGGCUUCGAGAGCCUGACUGGAAGAUGCUGGUGGACUGCGUGCCCCUGGUGGAGGUGGAGGACAUGAUGAUCAUGGGCAAAAAACCCGACCCCAAGUGCGUCUUCACCUACGUGCAGUCGCUGUACAACCACCUGCGGCGCCACGAGCUGCGCCUGCGCGGCAAGAAUGUCUAA